UUUCUUCACCGGAGGACAACUCGGUGCAUAUUUCGGUACGGGACGCUACAGCAGGAUGUUGUUUAGCUUCUUUAGCGGUUAUCCCGCGGAUUAAAAGUGUAAGAGUUGUAAUAUAGUAACGUUAGUUUACGAUGGCCGCCGAGUGUACUCAAGAGACAAUUCUGGACUUUCUGAAGGAGAAAGGAGGCAAAGUGAAAAACUCUGAUUUAAUUGAGCAUUUUAAGGCCGUAUUCCCAGAGGAGCCGGAUAGAAAAACGGCUGUGCGUCGGACAUUUAAAAACUACGUUGACAACAUUGCUUUUGUAAAAAGUGAGAGUGGAGUUAAAUAUGUAUGUCUGAAGAAGAAGUUUCAGGAGCAAUUUAACCGGAAUAUCACCGAGACAAAUGGGACAGAGACUGAGCUGGUGACGUUACAAAUGUUAAAUGAAGAAAAACUCGUUCACCGUUAUUAUCCCACAGGUUCAGACAGCAGGCAGGCUCGUGCUGAUGACGCAUUGCAGGACUCAGCCCCGCCUCGCGCUGCAGGCGGUGAGGUACACACACCUGGCUCAGGUUACGGAAAUUACAGCCAGGUAAGAGUUCCGCAUGUUUUCUCCUCUGCAACCAUUUCCCCGGACAAAAAAGACGACAACGGUACGGCUCGUGAGCUUGUUUGUAUAGUUGAGGAAGUUGACAGCCACUCAGGUGAUAUGGGAAACAGAGAUAGCUUCAAAAGAGAAAAGAGGGAGUCCAGGAAGGAGCAUGUUGGAAAGGCGCCUCAGAUUCCACAAAUAUCAGUGAUUGGAGCUUCGCCUCUCCUCGCAGAGGGACCUAUGUUCACUCUGCCCCGGCCUGUACAGACUGCAGGACAGGUACACGCAGUUCCUCCCAGAGACCGACAGGUCGACACACAGUCAUGUCUGAAGGAAGCAGAGCAGAUGAAUGUGGUGACCAGGCGCAGAUGUGUCUCCUCAGACGAUGAGGAGGAUGAAGGCCAGUUGGAUUUACACAGUUUGUCCGGGAGUGACGGAAACGACAGCCCCAAAGGCAGCCGUGAACACUUCAUCCAGGUGAUGAUGAGAAGCUCCCCCCAGCUGAGGCGCAGCAUGGUGUUACGCAGCUCCGUUUACAUGUCCUCCAGGAGUGAUGGGGACUCCGCUUCCCUCGUCUCCUCCAACCUGGACGACGACAGGACGUCGAUCACCCUGGACCCGCUGGAACACCAGUGGAUGAUGUGUGCUUCAGAUGGGGAGUGGGGCAGCUUGUACCAGCUCCUCGCCACAGAGCCCAGCCUCGUCCUCAGGAAGGACUUUGUCACUGGUUUCACCUGCCUGCACUGGGCUGCCAAGCAAGGCAAGCCUGAGCUCAUAGCACUGAUCAUCAACUUUGCCAAACAGCACAAUAUUCCCAUCAGUGUUGAUGUUCGAUCCAACACGGGCUACACGCCAUUGCACAUUGCUGCCAUGCACAACCACAUGGAUGUGGUGAAGCUGCUGGUGGGGGCCUACAGUGCAGAUGUGGAGGUCAGAGACUACAGCGGGAGGAAGGCUUGCCAGUACCUCACUGACAAUGUGAGCGUGGACAUUCGGGACAUCAUAGGAGCAUACGAGCAUUCUGACACAAAGAAUGCAGAGUGCAGUGAUGGAGGCCGCUGGAGGUUCUCCAAGGUUCUCCAGUCUAACCUGAAGCCCCUCAGACUGCUCGACCCCAACGAUUGUGACUCUGUGGACGGGGAGGAUCGGCCCAGACAGAAAGUCGUCCGGAGGAAGUCUUCACUCAGCAGGAUGAAGCCCAAACUUCAGAAGCUCCGCCUGAGAACAUCGCAGAUUGUCCACAGCACGACGUUCCGUGACACGGAGGAGCUGGAGGGCUCUAUGAAAGCUUCCUUUAAGUCCAGACCCAAGACAAGUUUCUUUGGCUGAGAUCAGCACUGACACAGGGCGGGGGAUGUCAACAGGGCAGUAGAUUCCCAGUGAGCCGGCCUUCACGUGAUCACAAACACCCAUGUUUGUCUUGAGGGAAAUCUGAGCAAGACUGAAGAAUGAUGUAAUCAGUGUAAACCUGAAGGUCAACAGAAAUGUGGAACAAUUCUAGUGAAGUAGAUGAAUGAAUCAGCCAGAGGCAGAAUUUCCUCGAAAGAGAAGAAAGCCUGGUUUGACUGAGACGAUAGUCCCAUCUGCUCUCAGGAUUACUGUCUGCACAUAAUCCUCUAAACAAAUGGAUAAACCAAAGCAAAAGCAAAUUCUAUACAGUAAAACAUUUACGAAGAUAGAUAAAAUUAAGUAAAACACAUAAAAAAACUCUCGAAGGCAAUUAGUUUAAUAACGUAUAGUUAGUACAUUUGACAUCUUAAUCUGUUGAUAUAAUAGACAUUAAUGCACACUGGAAAAAGGCAUAAUUCACAGUGAUCGUGGUAAAUGUGUGCACUAUAUCAAUAAAGUGGACAUUUAAUUGGAAACAGAUUCCAGUCGUGAAGCAGUGAAAUGUGUAGAUUACAUUUUACAGGCCAGAGGAUUGUAGAGAUAUGAAUUAUUUUAACAAUAGAAAGUAUGCCAUCGACCUACAACACGAUCUUUAGUUUGGCUGAUGACUUUGGUAAGUUUAACAAUCUUUUUUUGACUUCACAAGUCUUUAAGCAGGCA